AUGCACAAGUCAAAAACACGUUUCUGUCUUCCAUUCUUCCUCGGCGGUGUCUGCGAAGUACUGGGCUACUUCUUCCGAGCUCUAUGCUACAACGCCACCGACUCUCUCCCUCUUAACAUCAUGCAAGCCCUCUUUCUCCUGCUCCCACCCGUAUUCUUCGCCGCGACGCUAUAUAUGGUUUAUUCUCGUUUAGUCCGGGCUAUCGGUGGAGAAAGCUGUUCUCUCAUCUCUGUUCGCUGGACGACUCGACUUUUUGUCCUUGGAGAUUUUCUCACGUUCAAUAUCCAGGGGAACGGCGGCGGAUUGCUUGCGAAUGCGGAUCUUGUUCAUAUCGGAAACAUCAUCGUUAUUACCGGCCUUAUCGCACAGAUCCUGCUAUUCCUUGCGUUUGUAGCUUGCUGCGUCGUAUUUCAUCGACGGUUCAGGGUUCAUUUGAGGCAUACUAGCAUCCCGGUCGCCGUCCGUUGGGAGGCAUACCUGAAUAUGCUUUACUUCACGUCAGCUCUCAUUUUAGUUCGAAAUAUCUUUAGAGUCGUCGAGUUCGCCAUGGAUAAGGAGGGAUAUUUGCAGCAAAAGGAAUGGCCGACUUUUGUAUUUGACUCGGUUUUGAUGCUUUUGGUCAUGGUGGCCUUCUAUUUGAGAUAUCCUGAUAAUCUUCAACCGCAUACGAGAGACUCGGCGAUCGAACUCGUGCCGAAGGAUGAGCCUCGAUCUGGAGAAGCUGGCGCCUUUUUGACGCCCUCCGAUUCAGCCAUUUACCAGGAUGCGAUGCACAAGGCUGACUGCAAGUCUCAACUGACAGCAGCUGAAAUGUCCUCCCCGCACCAAACUUGGCUUCUUCAGCUUCUUCAAAUGGACCCUCUAUCUAUCAUCAGCGGCUGCGCUGGCCUCAUCUCGGCGAUCGGAAGCCUGAGUAUAUCGAUCAAUACUUUCGUGCGCAGCUGUCGAGAGGCCCGCGGCGACUUAGACAGGGUAUCGCGCGAGCUUCAUUCGCUCCAAACAGUCCUUGAGCUCAUCAAGGAAGACGCCAAAGAUGACACGAAGCCCUUCCCACCCACGAUCCAGCACCAUGUAUCGGCAAUCGUCACAAACUGCGGCUCCGUGGUUCUCGAGGUCGAAACGUGUAUAAAAAAGUAUGGAGAUGGACGGAUUAAGAGCAGAGCUGCUUGGGCGAUUAAUGGCCAAGGCGACAUGGAGAAGCUGAGGUCCAGCUUGGAAGCUCACAAAUCCGCCUUGGAAUUGGCCCUCGACAUGCUAUCUAUAUCUCUGACGAAAGAGAUCAAGACUGAUACGACGGAAAUCCGCGAAGAUACAGCUGCGAUCAAAGACGACACUGCUUUGAUUCUACUGCAGAUUGAGCAGCUUCAAGCUCGGUUGCCCGAUACCGCUGCUGCCCCGAAUGAUUAUAUUCUCCAGAAGUUCCUCGAGGAUAUGGCGACGUAUACCGAGACGACCUUGGACGCAGAUGUGCCCUAUAGUGAUGACAUUAGCUCUAGGACUCUGUCUAUUGUAGAUGAGCACGAUGAAAGUUCACAGGGAUUUCCCAGGGACAAUGAACUGAUUACAAGAUCUCAAGAUACCGUUGUAUUGGUAGUUCGUGAGUCGCUAGACUCAUCAAAUCCAGGAGAUGCCCACGAAAGCAGCACUUAUUAUUAUCCACCCGUGCAUCCAUAUUCUCGCCCUAACGGAAAUUGGCAAUGGCCGAAAACGACAAGGGAGAAUAUUCCUCAUCGCCCAAAGGGACCCGGUCCCGCAUCUUCUUAUCCCAAAUACUCCAUCGACAAAGAAGUUGCACUCGGCAGUGAUCUCGAGGUACCUGGUUCGAGCUCCCCAUCAUUGGAUUCUAGAAACGAAGAAACGCAAACCAAAGUUGCACCUUCGCCGACGCGAGUACAAAAGAACCCCACGGCUUCUGAAUUUGCGCUGCUAGAUGCUUUUGAUCCUCUAUGGCGUAAGCACUAUGGCAGCUAUCUCCAGGGCAGAGGACUAUCAAAUGACGCGAUCAGAGGGAAUCAGGAGUUUGUCAUCGGUAUUUUGAACGAAGUCAAGAAGGGUAAGAUGCCAUCCUGGCCCCAAGAGAGUUAUCCAUCGGCACCGUUGAACUAUAUCCGGGUGGAGAGUGACCGAGGUCAGCCGCUGCCAUCGAUACCUGCUCCUCAGCAAUCGAAUUCCCUCAGCUCGACUUCUCAUCGAUGGCCUCAACAAUUGAUGUCGUAUACGAUUGCAAGAGGAGAUGAAGAUGAUUUCACAGCUACGUCCAAGACAAAAGACUUUCCAAGUCAAGAAGGGUCCCAUAUCGAAAGGUUUAGAGGCAACGUGGUUGUUGAUAUACCAGUACCCGACAGGAUCCUUGCUCGUAUUCCUCAGUCCUCCACCCUAGAACGAAAAGAAUUCACACAUUCGAGGUUCAGCUUCAUUACUUGCCCGCCAAAUGAGUUUGGAGCUCAGAAUUAUACAUUGAGAGCCACACUAUUUGCUCAGCCACGGCAGACGCAAUUCAUUUUAGUCGUGCAAAUACGCGCUUACGAUGAAGACUUUAUACGGCGCUGGGAUCUAAUUCACAAUUCCAUCAUAUUUACCCAGAGGAAGCUUGAAGCUAUUGGAGGGCAGCACGAAUUCUGGAAGCGAGUUGUUGUCCAUUUACAUCUAGCUCAUGGAACGAGAUUCAAACACCGUAGCUUUGAUAAUCCAUUGGUUGUUUUAGAGGCUAUUGCAGGGAAUCUGACACUCAGCGGCAAAGUCACACAAAUAGGCUCUGAGGAUCAUGAGCCGAUAGACCAGGACUCGUCAGCAAUUGGAGGGCACCCGGUUUACGCCACCAUGUCUGAGGUAUGA